GCUAGAUACGUUACUGAAACGAUGGUAUCUAAGCAACCCUUACAUUUAUACGCCACGCUAACAGAAGGACGCCAGUGCGCGUCCCACCCUCAUAAGGAGCGUUUCACCCUCUGAGAGAUUGGAGUUUCGUGUGGCGGUACUCUUCGAAAGCCUCAAGAUCAUCACAGAAGCAGGACACCGUUCGUUAUGGAAAUGGCGAAAAACGGGGAAGUCCCUAAAACAUUCGAAGAAAUGGAGCCGAUCUAGAAAAAAUCGGUGGUAAAAUCGGGUAUGGACACUAAGACUCCACCGAUUCCACAGAAACAGCCCGAGAGAGUCCAAGUAAGAAAACAAGAAAGAACAGCAGACGUAUCAUUACCACCUUUGACCCCAGUACCAAGUCGUAGUCAGAUACCAAAGAAUCCUGGCUCAUCCUGGACACGAGGAACAUCUUACAUACCAAGAGCGCAAGAUCACCACCAGGAAAGGCCAUACAGAGUCUUACCAAUAGGUGCGACACCCCUGAUGCACGCCUGCCAACAGGCAGACAGAAUACGAGUAUUAAGACUGUUAAGGGAACAAAGCGAGACCAUUGGAUUCAGAGACAGAACCCUGAGGAACGCUUUGCAUUACUGUAUGGAUGCCGGAACUGGCGGUGCCGUGGCUACGGCGGCACCGGAACUGGUCAAUGCUCCUGAUGCAGAGGGUCACACACCUUUGCAUUUGGCAGUCAUUGCUGGGGACACUCAGCUCGUUGCUGUACUAUUGGCCAAUGGUGCAGACGUCAAUGCCAAAGACUUGGAAGGACACAGUGUACUUCACUGGGCUACGGUCUGCGGAGAAGCCGAGUGCGUUCGACUAGUCCUGGCAGCUGGUGCGCGGCCUUCGACUCCUGAUCAUCGAGGUGGGUCGCCGCUUCAUUAUGCGGCACAAUGCUGCGGUGCAGCAGCCACGGCUGAGUUGUCCGUGCCGAAGAAAUUGGGCCUCAAGGUCCUGCAGACUUUGUUGGAAUUUGGCGCCGAUGUCAAUGCCAAGGACGAGGACGGAAGACAGCCAAUCCUCUGGGCAGCCAGUGCAGGAAGUGUCGAAGCCGUCCUUGCUUUGGCUAGGGCUGGUGGCUCGGCUGCGGCUGGUGCAUCCGACAAGGAUGGUCUGACUGCACUUCACUGUGCUGCAUCCAGAGGACAUGCUAGAUGCGUGGAAGCCUUGGUCAACCUCUGUGGUUCCCAACCGGAUCACGUUGAUGAUAAUGGUUGCUCGGCGCUUCAUUAUGCAUCGACCCUGGGUCAUGCCGAAGCCACUGCACUUUUAUUGAGACUAGGCGCCGACCCUAAUAGACAGGAUCGUAAAGGGAGAACACCCGCAUUGUGUGCGGCCGCCAAGGGUCAGCUGGAGACGCUGAAGAUACUUGCGCAACACGGAGGAUCCUUACACGCUAGAACUGUCAGGGGUACUGGAGUGGCUCACGAGGCUGUAACAUCCGGUAGAAUAGAGUUAAUUAAAUGGUUGGCCAGGAAGAGACCUAGUACUCUGGAUGUAGCUACUCACGAUGGCAGGACUCCGCUUCACGUUGCCGCUUUACACGGCCACUUGGAUGCUUGCAAAGUCCUGCUGGAUAACGGCGCCAGGAUAAAUGCUGUUCUUCGUACUAGCAAAGGUAACCUGAUGACAGCCUUGGACGCCGCGCUUUACCGUGGUCACAGAGACUGUGCCAAGUUGAUUCAAAUGCACGGUGGUACCACUGCUCAGCAGCUGAGAACGCACAGAAUGGCUUCUAAUAAAGUGUUUGCUGCUAAAUUAAAAGUAAAGAGAGCUGGGUCGAGUAGCGAGAGCGAGAGUCCCAGUUCAGGUAGAAGACGUAGGGGUUUUCGAGAACCCGAACUGUAUUACGAGGAACGAUGGAUAGAGAAGAGAACGAGGAGAAGAGGAAGUCUCAAGAAGGAUCGUAGGGACAGCAGAAGCUUCAGCGAGGAAGAGAUUCGCUUGUCUAAGACGAGGAAGGAUCGUGAGAGGAGGACGCGCAGUGAAUCAGCUAGAUACGAGAGUGACGUUGGGGAAAAGAGAAAAAGGAAAAGAAGCACAAGAGGAAAAUUAAGAAAGCAUAAACAUGAAUACAGCGAAUCCUCAAGCGAGUCUACUAGCUUUUCUGACCUGGACAGAUCAGCCAGAAUUAAUCAUCGACGUAGAAGCGACAGGCGAAUUAGGAAGGAUACAGAUAACGAAGAUGAUCAGAAGAGUGAUGAUCAUCUUGGGAGUGUCAGCGAUGAUAGCUUAGAAGUUGUCGUUGUGAAGAAAUCAAUAGAGAAAAAAUCGGAGAAAGUAAUUUCCGGUAGGAAGUCAAAAACACCACGUGAGGAGAAGGAAAGAGUGAACUGUGCAAAAGCACGAAGAAAAAGUUCACGUGGUAAGUCGAAGGAACAGGAUAAGAAGAUUGGAGGUGAUAAAUCUCAUGUAGAAGAUAAUUCUGAUCAAGCUGCUGUAAAUGUAUCGGUAUCAGGAGUUUCCACGAAAAAAGAAUCUAUGGAGUUAACAAAAUCUAAGGAUGCGGAAGAGCCUGUAAAGAAUGUUGAAGAAGGAUCCAGCAUUCGGAAAGAGGCUGAUGAGAGUCCUGUAUCCUUGCAGCAUAACGUUCACUAUCAACGUGACGCGACUGACAGUACUUCCCAGGAAACUGUCGAGAGGGUGACGGUGACAGCCCUCGUCCACAAGGAUCAGACUCCGGAUACUCCGACAUCCUUGGCGAAAGAGAAAAUAGAAUUGGAGGAUGAUCAUGAAAAUGCUGAACCCGUUAAAAGAAUGAGACCUCGAUCAGCACGUCCGGGAUCAUCCACUAGGGGCAGGACGUCUUCAGCUAAGACCAAGAUGGACCAUAUCCUGGAGAAGGCUGAUGAGAUGCAAUCUGCUCUUGUGAUCAAGGCAGCCGAUUUCAAGAAAAGCGUCGAAGAAUUGCGUCAACAGGCUGCACAGGACGAGGAUGAGACUCAGGGUAAAAGCGGUAGGACAUCAGAGGGUGGCGGUGAUGAGGACGUCGUUACUGCUGAAGUAGAUGACGUAGUCACUGCGAAAGAUAAGGAGACCAAGACAGAGACUCCGGAGUCAGAGACUCCUUCUGAAGAUUCUCAGAAAGGAUAUUCUCGACUAGGAGCUCAAUCUAACAGUUCAUCAAAAACAGAGAAGGAAGGAUCCAGUGAGAAAGUUGAGGAGGAAGAAGGAAGUGUCUCACCUGAAUCUUCAAAGAGCCCAGAAGAGAAGACCAGCCAGGAAAGAGAAUCCGAGAAGAGUGCAGAAGCAGAAAAUUCCCAGGAAACUUCAGUGAACGAUGAGAGAACGAGUCGUGUCAAGGAUAAAGCCCCUUCUGGAGAGGAAUCUUCUGCGAAGAGUUCUGAAGGUGCUCUGGCACAUUCAUCAGGAAAGGAAGAUAAAUUGAAGACAGUUACAAAGAGCAAGAAAUCUUCAGCAUCAAAGAGUAGACCUAGUACUGCCAAGGAUAAGUCUUCACCGGAUAGUAAAAAGUCUGGGUCACCUCCGAAAUCCUCUUCCCAGGAACGAAGUGAAGGUACUGAAAUGAACAAUAAGACUAAAGUAAUAGAUACGGGAAAGAAGAAAGGGAAGACUCAAUCAAAAGGUGAACAGAAGAGAAGGAAAGAAAUAAAAAAGAAAAUAGAUUCUCCUGGCAGUAGAACAAUGGGUUCUUCCGAGAGAGAGUCUCUUUCUGAAUCAAGAAGCAGAUCCAUAGAAUCCACGAAGAAGGAUUCCCCAGAUAAAAGUACCCUUGAAGCAUCAUUAAAGAAUCCUGAAGAAGAGGUGUCUAGAGUAAUAGAAAAGUCAUUAGAAUCUUCAAAAGCUGAAGAAAAGCAACAUGAAGAAAAAGAUACUGACCUUGAGAAUUUUGAUCAACCUCCAAAAAGUACAAAAUCAUCAAUUAAAAAAGCUGAGACUAAUUACGGAGAAGCGAACAGGGUGGACCUUCCAAAGAGUUUAGAAAAUUUACAAAAAUCAGAGCUGCAUCCAGAAAAGAGUAUGGACGACGAAGAAGAUCUUGAAAUAAGUAAAAUUCCACUUUCAGAAACAGAAGCAUUUCGAUUCAUAGAUGAUAGUUCAUCCGAAAGAAAGAGUACGAGUUCCCCACGUUCAAAGAUGCCCAGAUGUUCUAGACCAUCCACAGGCAAGGGCCGAUCAGACUCUGCAAGAUCAAAAAAGAGUCUAAUAGAAAGUUCAGAGGAUUGUUCCCCUGAUAGAAGCGCUAUCGUAGCAGUAAUAGAAAGUCCUGAAUGGGAAGAGGAUGAAGAAGAUGAGGAAAUUGAGAAGGAAAUCCGUGAAGCGAUUGGAGAAGACAUAGAACAGGAUACCGAACCGGAAGAAGACAACAGUCUAGGUGUGAUGAGGGUUCUGCCAAGUACCAGUGAAGAUGAUACUCCAAGAACUGGUCCUGGUCAGUCCAGGACUUCCGAUAUGGAAUCACUUCCCCAGGUUCACCCAAGACCAAGACCUCGUUUGUUAAGAGCACAAAGUCCUCAAGAACUUCGAAGAGCCAGACCCAGGACGAAACAGCGUAGGGACAGCGGCGGCAGGGACAGUGGCAUAGAACCAAGUCCUAGAAUAUCAAGAAUACCAAAAAGAACAAUCAAGUGUUAUCCAAAUACAGAAAAACAACAAGCAUUACGUAUGGAGACAAUUACAAGAGACGUUCAAAUAAGUCUGCGACGUUAUCACUUGGAGAGAAAAAUAUUUUUUCAAUUAAUGGAACUCAAGAGACUUCAGAUACGUCACGGUCGAGCUAACGAACAAGUUUUAGUGAAGAGACAGGUCGAAGCUUUCCACAGAGCUGGAACUGCUGGACCAGCUCUGGGAGUUGCUAAAUAUGAUCAACCCUUGACAUUCAGACACUUUGAAGCAUUUUUAUACGAACAACUAAGAAGACUUCAGAAACGUCCAGCAACACCUGAAUGGUGCACAGAAGCUAAGCAAUGUACUCAAAAAACGCAUCGAUGUCAUCACGCAACCAGUGCCUACACAUCAGUACCAGUUUACACCUAUCGUAGGUCAAAAUCAUUUACAGACAACAAAUCAAAUUGUAAUUCCAGUUGGUGGAGGGAUUCCAGAACGAACCGAAAGUCUCUUGCCAAAGAUCGAAGGUCGUGGAAAAGGUCAAAUGACGGUUGAGGUCAGCCACGGAGAAGAAAAACAGAUAAUCGCUCUACCAGCCGAAAGAUUGGACCGCAGUAAAAGAUACUUCGUGACCUUUACUGUACACGGUGACACGCAGGACGUGGAAAAGCCAAAACCGCUGCAAGACGCACAGAGAAAUACAAAGAGUGUCUAAAAAGAUAUUAUUAAUGAAAAAGAAUUUUUAAAAACUGCCACAAUUAAGAAGCCAGUGAAAAAUUACAUUCUUCCUGAAUGACGUUCACACGUAGAAACAUGUUCGAAAAUUCAUAUAGGUUAUGAAUCGCGUAGAAAAUGAAAAGAUAAGUGUAUCAAAUCAAUAUAGUAAUUGUUAUUGUGUAUAGAGGCAGGGACCAUUGUGUAUAGCUUGUGUACGUAAAGUGUAUAAUAAAAUAAUUCAAGUGACAAAAAAA